AUGUCAACUUUGAGAAUACCUCCAGUGAUACCAUCACCUCGAGAAGAUGCUAUCAAGCUGCAUAAAGCUUUCAAAGGCCUUGGUUGUGAUACGUCAAAAGUUAUCAAAAUCUUGGCUCACAGAAAUGAAGAACAACGCAGUCUCAUUCAACAAGAAUAUGAAACCAACUACUCUGAACUAUUUUCCAAACGGAUAUCAAAAGAGCUUCAUGGACAUGCCAAGAAAGCAAUGACACUUUGGCUGCAUGAGCCUCCAGUUAGGGAUGCUAAGGUAGUGAGAAAAGCCUUAAGAAGUACCCCAGCUGUUGAUAAUCACGCUUUAACAGAAACUAUAUGUUCUCGUACUCCAUCACAGCUUAGACGAUUAAAAGAAGUUUAUCUGUCAACUUAUCAGUCCCCUCUUGAGACAGACAUUGAAAACCACACCAGUGGUGAUCAUAAGAAGUUGUUGAUUGCAUAUAUAACUACACCACGUUAUGAAGGCCCAGAGUUGGAUCCUGCACUUGUAGAGGAGGAUGCGAAAGAACUGUAUAAAGCAGGGGAGAAAAGGAUGGGAACUGAUGAGAAGACGUUCAUCAAGAUUUUUAGUGAAAAAAGUAGCACACAUUUGACUGCAGUUAACUCUGCUUACAAAACUUCAUAUGGACACUCAUUAGAAAAGGCAAUAAAGAAAGAAACAUCUGGCUCUUUUGCCAGUGGCCUCUUAGCCAUACUUCGAUGUGCAACUGAUCCUGCUCUGUACUUUGCCAAGAUUUUGCGGAAGUCAAUGAAGGGUGUGGGAACUCAAGAUAGGAGACUAAUAAGGGUGGUUGUGACAAGGACUGAGAUAGACAUGUAUCACAUAAAAAUAGCGUAUUAUAAGAAAUAUGGAAAACCAUUAACUCAUGCUGUUCGUUCUGACACAUCAGGUCAUUACAGAGAUUUUCUCCUAAAUCUUAUAGCAAUCUUGUACAUCUGCAUCUUCUUCGAUGGGUUUUCUAACCACGAGUGUUGUCUCACCUCUCAUGAGGUGCAUCUAAUUGGUGGUGCUUCCACUGAUUUUGAGGGAUCCUUGGCUGCCUCUGCUUCGUCAAAGAAGGUCAUCAUUGUUGCUCCAGUGGCUAAAAAGUGCAAAGAGGUGAUGGGAAGUUCUUUCAAUUAUAAGAAGGUUUGUGCUAAGGUAGAUGUGGCUCAUAUUGAUGUAGUUGUCAAAUGA